UUCCCUGAGUGAUCCACACGUCUGUUUUCGACUGGCAUCUGUCCAAGCACACCACGCGACUUCACUUUCCCGCUAGAUCAACGUUCUCGAGCAUGCUGUGAAUGUGAAGCGGCUUCGGCCUGGUGAUACUAUUCGUAUUCCCUAUGAGGUUACGGUGGGAUACGGGCUGCGGGACUUUUGGCAGGCUGCUUUCUCGACGCACGACAGGAUUAACACAUCCACGCCUUUCGCAAGAUCUUUGGGGCUGCAAGAUCAGGCAUGUGCUGCCGUUCUCGCUGAUGCUCUUCCUGUCUUCAAGCAUGUCGCACGUGGAAGCUGCGAUGACACAGGUGGCGUACCGGAACGCCAGGUACCUGUGGCCCGGCUUCGCAGGGGACACAUUUACCAAGACGUUCGAGAUCAAGGGUAUCCGCAACACGAGCGACAAGGAGAGAAGCACUUACGACUUUACCUGCCGCCUAGUGAACCAGCGCGGGAAGGUGUGCAUGGAGUGCGACAGGACAACGAUGUUUCCCUUCUUCGCCCCGCCUAGCCCGAGGGACUCCACGGCGACGCCGGAGGAGCAGCCGCCUCCCGAGCCUGCCGACAGGCUGCGUGACCACGUAGUGAAGCAGUCAGAAAAGCUGGCCGAGCUGGGAGGGCAGACGCUCAGACGGUUCAGCGCGGGGCAACUCAUCAUCCACACCCCAGCACGCCCAAUCUCAAGGACCCAGUCCAUGGAGCUGUCCAGCCUGGCCCGUCUGACCCACUCGCGGCACUUCGACACGGUCAAGCACGGCGAGGACGGGCUCGCCAUCCCUGCGGGAUUGAUCGUUGCUCUCGCCACGUCGCUAUCCGCGAGAGAUCUCCACGAGGUUCUCCACGAGGAGCUAAUAUAUGCCAACUUCAUCAACCCGUUCCGUCCCGGCGACGCCAUGACCUCCAUCACUUACGUGCAGCGGGUGGAACAGCACCCCAACGGAGUUCUCGAGAAGCUCAGGGUUCGAACUAUCGGCAUCAAGGACAUCCUCACGGACGAUCUCACAGGCAUGCCUCUUCCUCUCGAGCUGUUCGUGGACAAAGGUCUUCGUACGAAGGGUGUGGAACAAAUUUGUCGGGAGUCAUGCCCCGAAUUGUGCGGCAAGAUCGUUGUCCUUGCGGAGCGUGAAGUCAUUCGGCAGGCGCCGAAGACGGACGUCUUCCUUCUGUAAAUACGACACAUUCAGGCAUGCACCUGGCCCCGGUUGAUUGGUUCGUGAAAAAGAGGGGGGGGGGGGGCGCCCCCCGACGAGCUUGGAGAGACAUGGCUCGACUUGGCGGAUAUCGAGGUGGCUCGAGGUUGUCUCUCGUGUGUCAUUCAUUGUUAUCGGAUUGUGCCGUCGGGGUAUUGGUUCUGUGAAGGGGGGGAUAUAAACUUGUGAGGUAUUGCAUGUACGGUAGUGGUGGCGAUAGGACAUGGUCAUGGGUCGCCUACAGUUUGUAUGGUCGCAUGGAUUGACUCGCCACCGCUUCCGCUGAUAGAGAUCACGUUGGCCGCCUAGAAUGUAAAAAAAAAAAUAGGUAUGCGCAUGUAUGCACACAUUUAUUUAUAGUAGUACAUAUCGCAUGCGUGCUGUGUUCAUCAAACCAUUUGCCUUCAGAAAUUGGUUGCUCUGCGAUCGAUGUUGUGGCGGAAGGGCGAGCCAGAUACUGGCCACGGGGGCGCGUGUGCGGCUUGGCUCCUUUUGCUUCUUUUUUGAACGCCUGGACAACUGCUGCUCCCAGGGUCCCAGUGGUAUCAUGUGUUUGUUUGGCGAUUCACAGCGUACAUGUGUUUGACGAAGAGGACGGCCUGCGAGGGCACUGAUUGUGACUGUACUAGACCUUCUUGCACAUGAAUAAGAGCAAAUUCGUGGAGUUGAUGCCCCACUCUGAGCUCGCAAUAC